GGGUUCUAUUUUACCAUCACCAGUUUGAAUGCAUUCUUUCAGUCUCUCUAGGUCUAGCCAGUACGUAAGAGACCCUCCUCGCUCCUCGAACACCCUGCUUUCGCUGGAGCUCAAUCGGAGAAGUACACGGCCACCUGAAGAAACACCAUCAACUCAUACCUUCUUGCUGGGAUCUCCGGCGACCCUAAUAAACCAAACAAGAGAGAGAGCGAGAGAUGGAUGCCCAGUCGGACGGCAACGACGAACUCGUCGCCAUUAAGGACAUGCGCCGGCAGCUCGAAGCUCGCAUAGAAGCUGGAACCACUGUUCAACAGGAUCUCCUCGCUUCUCUCCAAACCCUAGUCCCAGACAUAGUCUCCUCCCUCGACCUCUCUCUUAAGGUUGUUGCCGCCUUCAAUGGCCGCCCUUUCACUCCCAUAUCAGUUCCUAACCCCAACACUAAUCUUAACCCUAAAAAAAGACACAUCGAAGCUGCCCGUUCUUCAACGCCCGAAAAGUCUCCUAAACCAUCUCUUCCCAAAUCCUCUCGCCGGAAGCCUCCCGCCGAAGCCCCCGCUACGCGUCGGCCGGAUACGGAGAAGUUCACGAUCGAUGAGAGCGGGAGCCCGUUAUCGGUGGUGCGAUCGAUGGUCGCCGUUUGUUUGCUGGAACGAGUGCCAUUCAGCACGAUCGAUUCAUCAACAGUGUUGAGGAAGCUGGAGAAUGACCGGUCUGCAACGCCAGCCGAGAAGGCGGCGUUGAGGGAGGUUGGCGGUGAGUCCGGGGCGAUACUCGCGGUGGAAAUGGCGUUGAGGUCGAUGGCAGAGGAUGAAAAUGGAGGCGGCGUUGAGCUGGAGGAGUUUGUAGUUAGUGGGAAGUCUAGGGUUAUGGUUUUGGGCAUUGACCGGACUCGGCUGGUAAAGGAGUUGCCGGAGAGCGCACAAUAUCAGCAGCAGCCGGAGUCAGGUUCUGGGGAUGGGAAUCAUACGAAUCAGAUGCAGGCAGUGGUGAGUGGUGGUGGUGGUGGUGGUGAUGCCAAUGGUGGAAGCUUUGGAAUAGGAGGGCCUGGUCUGAGAUCAAUGCAGGAUAUGUGGCUUGGACCAGGGUUGCCGCCAGUGUUUCCGGGUGCUGGAGGGCCAGGUCCAUUGAUUGGACCGAGGGGUGGACGAAGAGUGAUGGGCAUGAUGGAAAUGGCAAGAGGGAUGGUUGUUCCUCCCCUCCACAGACCUGCGUUAGGGUCGAAUGCUUCGAUUGGUGGUGCAAAUGGGAUUCCCCCAAAACCAAGGACCGAAGAGGAUGAUAUGAAGGAUCUUGAGGCUUUAUUGAAUAAGAAGUCUUUCAGGGAGAUGCAGAAAUCAAAAACUGGAGAGGAGCUUUUGGACCUCAUUCACCGGCCCACUGCAAGGGAAACUGCUGUGGCUGCAAAGUUCAAAACCAAAGGUGGUUCUCAGUUAAAGGUGUACUGUUCAGCCUUAACAAAAGAAGAUUGCCGCCGUCGGUCUGGCUCUUAUAUUGCUUGUGAGAAGGUUCAUUUUCGUCGCAUAAUUGCUCUACAUACUGAUAUCAAUUUAGGGGAUUGUUCUUUUCUGGAUACCUGCCGUCACAUGAAGACAUGCAAAUAUGUUCAUUAUGAGCUUGACCCAACACCAGAUGUGCCACCCAUGAUGAUGGGUGGUGCUGCUAUUACGCCCCCAAAACCAUUGAAGUCUCAGCGUGCUGAAUAUUGUUCAGAAGUGGAGCUUGGUGAACCACAAUGGAUUAAUUGUGACAUUCGUACAUUUAGAAUGGACAUCUUAGGACAAUUUGGAGUUAUAAUGGCAGAUCCACCGUGGGAUAUCCAUAUGGAAUUGCCUUAUGGGACAAUGGCAGAUGAUGAAAUGCGUAGUCUUAAUGUUCCUGCCUUACAGACUGAUGGCCUGAUUUUUCUCUGGGUGACUGGACGUGCAAUGGAGCUAGGACGUGAAUGUUUAGAGCUUUGGGGGUACAAGCGCAUUGAGGAGCUCAUUUGGGUGAAGACCAAUCAACUUCAGCGAAUAAUUAGGACAGGGCGCACGGGCCAUUGGCUCAAUCACAGUAAGGAGCAUUGCCUUGUUGGAAUAAAGGGAAAUCCUGAAGUUAACAGGAACAUUGAUACGGAUGUCAUUGUAGCUGAGGUUCGAGAGACGAGCCGUAAGCCAGAUGAGAUGUACCCCAUGCUGGAAAGGAUAAGUCCAAGGACCAGGAAGCUGGAAUUGUUUGCUCGUAUGCAUAACACACAUGCAGGGUGGUUGUCACUUGGUAAUCAAUUGCAAGGAGUACGAUUAGUGGAUGAAGGGCUACGUGCUAGGUUCAAGGCUGCUUACCCAGACGUGGAAGUGCAACCCCCGUCCCCUCCCAGGACAUCUGCUAUGGAAGCAGACUCCAAUGCUGCUCAGAUGAGGAAUUCGUUCAUGGGAAUGGAGUCAAAAACUGCAGGAAUGCAGUUUGCAGAGCCCACAGUUCAAGAGACAACCUAUGCCUCUGAAGAGAAGCCAAUCGCCCCAGAUGUUGAGAUCACUGGCUAAUUAACCACCAACUCUGUGUUUAUAACUUGAUCAAUAAUCAUGUGAUUCUGGUUGUUCUCCACAUUGUUGGUGCUGCCAAGGUAGAAGGUUCCGCUCUUGUCCGAUUCGCGCCGAUUAGUAUUUCAGUGACAAAGGAUUCCGGUUUGAUAAAUUUUAUCAUUGUUGCUUGUAUUUCUUUCUCAUGAGAAAGCACUUGCAUGCGAUCUCUCUGGGAGGCUGCCCCUUCAGAUCAGGCUACUUUUGACGACAUACGCAGGUGUUCCAUGUAAAAAAUUACGACUACCAUAGGGCUUGGGUCUAGGUACAUCUCUAGAAGCAUUGGAUCAAAGGUAUCACUGAUGUACCGAAAUAAAGUGAUAAGAUCAGCAAGGGGCCUUAUGCCAUUUGAGCUCAAGCCAGUUGAUCUUGGUGCAUCUUCUUGACCCCCUUCCCCUCUAUGGGAGGUUUUUCUUCCCUUGUCACUCAAAUUUUUUUUGUUACAUUUGUAGUUUGUAAUGUGAGCCAAAACCCAAAAUGCUACCAAAUUGUAUAAAUGUAAUGUUUAGAGUCUUGUCAGAAUUUGAAUGUUAGGUUGCUCCAAUGUGGGUUAACUUUAUUUUUAUUUUGCAUGGAAACUGGGGCCAUCUUUUUCUUUGGAAACAACAAAAGAAACGAACCAGGAGAGCUACCUUCGAAGACCGUCUUGCAUUCCUGAAAUCAAGCAUUCGGAAAAUGAGUUCACAAUGAAGCAGAGAACGAGUGCUGCAAUCCUGGGAGUCAUUUUGGAUUUUCAGAUUUGUAUGAGUUUGAAUGAAAUUGGUUAUAACAUUGUAUUAUGUUUUGUUUGGAUUUACGUAAAUUUCAACUGACUCACCCUCAAUCCUCAAAA